AUGUCCGAGCCUUCAUCCUCCUACGCCGAAAUCCCUACGCCAUCCAUCGAAGAAGUCGACUCAUUACCUUCAUCUGACGCUGGCUCCACAACAUCGGGAUCACCAUCUGAAGAUGAAGAAUACUCAGACGCAGAGCGAGAAUGGCGCGAAAGCUUACAGCAGCUCGAGCUGUUAUUGACAAUGGUAUUGGUACCAUAUCUGGGAAAAUACUUUGGCAGGAAAUGUGCCUAUUGGGGCUGGGCGAAAUUCAUGGAGUGGAACUAUCCUGUGUCUGUUGAGAUCACGAACCCGACAGCUUUCAAGGCUGCUGGUGCUGUCGAGGCUGCGGCUUCAUUAUGA